AUGCCGUUGAAGAGAGAAGACAGCGGAAGCGCGACAGAGAACACAGCGGAACACGCCACAGAGAACACAACAGAUCACGCGACAGAAAACACAUCGGAACACGCGACAGAAAACAAAACGGAACACGCGACAAAUAACACAACGAAACAAGCGACAGAGAACAGCGGAACACGCGACAGAAAACACAGCGGAACAUGCGACAGAAAACAAAGUGUAACAGGCGACAGAGAACACAGCGGAACACGCGACAGAAAACAGCGGAACACGCGACAGAAAACACAGCGGAACAUGCGACAGAAAACAAAGUGUAACAGGCGACAGAGAACACAGCGGAACACGCGACAGAAAACACAGCGGAACACGCGACAGAUAACAAAGUGUAACAAGCGACAGAGAACACAGCGGAACACGCGACAGAAAACACAGCGGAACACGCGACAGAUAACAAAGUGUGACAAGCGACAGAGAACACAGCGGAACACGCGACAGAAAACACAGCGGAACACGCGACAGAAAACACAACGGAAUAUGCGACAGAAUUCAUAA